AUGGAUUACCUUCGGAAGCAGCAAUUGCUGGCCGAAGCUGAUGCAAUCAGGCCGGGCCUUGGGGCUGAGCUGGCUCGCUUCCCAAUCGCAACGAGCGCUGAGCUGGACCAAAUCCAAGCGCUCUUAGAGGAGCACCGACAGGUGACUGCGGGCUAUGCAACCCUGCAAGCCGACUACCGCCGACAGACGGAUGAGUACCGGCGACAGGCCGCCAUGCUCGAGGCCAAGAUUGCCAGCUCGGGCAUGUCCUCCCUGCCCCCCGCGGGUCUUGCAGCUGCCAGACAGUUGGCGGCAGUUGCCAGUUGGUUGGGACUAACCACCACUGCGGAGACGGCCGUUGUGGCGGCCUGGGUGGCCCAGGACGCGGAUAAGCUGAAGCAGGAGAGGUUGCAGUCCCAGCGCGAGGCUAUCGCCUCCGACCUGCGCACCCAGGCCACCGCCGCCACCCGCCAGGCCGCGGAGCUGACCGCCGCGCUGGAAGCGGCUCGGAGGGGCCAGUUGGGGUCCGAGAGGGGGCUGGAGAGCAUGGGGGCGGAGCAGCGAACGCUGGAGCAGAAGGCGGCGGAGUACAUAAAGAGGAUUGCGGUCACGAGGGACAAGCUGAUGCAGCUGGGGUACAAACAGGAUGUGAGUGGGCUGAGCCACGAGGCUCUGGAGGCCCUGGCGUCGGAAGUGGAUUCCCUGGAGUGCAGCCUGGCGGAGGCGGAGGCGGCGCUCAAGAUGUACGACAGCAUCCCGCCCAGCGCCGCCGGCUUGGCGUCCAUGCUGGAGCGCUCUCAGAAGGAGCUGGCGGACGUGCACGCGGCCAUGGGGAGUGCCUUCGUGCACGGCAGCUCAGCAGCGACACGGCUCAGCGCCACCGCGGGAGGAGUGGGAGCGGGGGGAGCUGGCGGCGGCGGCGGCGGCGGCGGGCUGGGGCCGCCGCGUGUAGUGGGAGGUGUCGGCGGUGUGGGGGUUUAG